AGGCAUUGCAUGCACGCUCAACACAACCAAUAACAAGCAAAAACAGGGUGAAAAAAAGCAAAAGCUUGGCAGUAGCAGACCAACCAGAAGACGAGCCCUCCUCCUCCUCCUCCUCCUCCUCCUCCUCCUCCUCCCAUCCUUGGACACACCCUGCUUCUCUCUCUCUACUAUUUGUCAUUGCCGCCGUCGCCCACGCCGUUUGGACGGAGAGCUCUUCCUCCUCCAUCGUCCUGCAGAAAGCCGCCCGUCUCCUCCCUUCCUCAUUUCCACCCUAUAGGAGGACCCUAAACCAUCUCCAGCAGGCUGAGACCCGCUUCAAAGGCCAAGCUUAUUCUUUUUUAUCUUUUUUUUUUUUUUUUCCUCCUUUUUCAUUUUGGAACUCCGAGGGAAACAAAAAAGGGGUGCGACGACAGCGCCGAAGCUUGGUGAAGCUUUCGAGAUCAACACGCCGAAGAGGGAGCUAGUUUUCCUAUCCAGUGUACUACAAGAAUGGUUACUCAGAUAAUCAGCACCAUGGAAACCCAGGUGUCCAACGGUCCCAGCGGAACCAGCCUGCCCAACGGCCCCGUCAUCAGCACCAACGGCGCCACGGACGACAGCAAAACCAACCUGAUUGUCAACUACCUGCCUCAGAACAUGACGCAGGAGGAGUUCAAGAGCCUCUUCGGCAGCAUCGGGGAGAUCGAGUCGUGCAAGCUGGUCAGGGACAAGAUCACGGGUCAGAGUCUGGGCUACGGCUUCGUCAACUACGUGGAUCCAAACGACGCGGACAAGGCCAUCAACACGCUGAAUGGGCUCAAACUGCAAACUAAAACAAUCAAGGUAUCAUACGCCCGACCGAGCUCGGCGUCCAUUCGUGACGCAAACCUUUACGUCAGUGGACUCCCCAAAACCAUGAGCCAGAAGGACAUGGAGCAGCUUUUCUCCCAAUACGGUCGCAUCAUCACAUCCCGCAUCCUAGUGGACCAAGUUACAGCAGGCAUAUCACGAGGAGUGGGCUUCAUCCGGUUUGACAAGCGAAACGAAGCGGAGGAGGCCAUCAAGGGCCUGAACGGACAGAAGCCUCUGGGCGCCGCCGAGCCCAUCACUGUCAAGUUCGCCAACAACCCCAGCCAGAAGACGGGCCAGGCUUUGCUGACUCAGCUGUAUCAGACGGCUGCUCGCCGCUACACAGGGCCCCUGCACCACCAGACGCAACGAUUCAGCGUGAUCCCUUCUCUUGGAAAGGGACCAGAUCCAAAUAGCAGCUCAAAACCAAUACUCGACAAUUUACUAAACGCCAGCUACGGAGUCAAGAGCUCUCCCACUCUCUUCCCCAGAUUCUCCCCCAUCACCAUCGACAGCAUGACCAGCCUCGCCGGCGUAAACCUGACCGGGCCCACCGGAGCCGGCUGGUGCAUCUUCGUGUACAACUUGUCGCCCGAGGCGGACGAGAGCGUCCUGUGGCAGCUCUUUGGGCCUUUUGGCGCUGUCACCAAUGUCAAGGUCAUCCGUGACUUCACCACCAACAAAUGUAAGGGCUUUGGUUUUGUCACCAUGACCAACUACGACGAGGCCGCCAUGGCGAUCGCGAGCCUUAACGGCUACCGCCUGGGGGACCGCGUGCUGCAGGUUUCCUUCAAGACCAGCAAGCAGCACAAGGCCUAAGGGAGGGGCCUGCUGGCGCCAGCACCUUUGACCUGCACAGGGGGGCUAAAUGAGCUCCCCGUGCCAUCACUCUAUUUAUGGGCCUGGACUGAGUCUCUCUCUGACGCUUUCUCACACAAAUCCACACUAUAUAAUCGCAAAAACACACACAUAGUGACACACAUGACCAAACAGAUCCAUAGGCAAGCAUCCACAAGUCAGGAGUUUCAAACAAACACAGCAGUGGAGUUUUUCUGUUCUCUUUCCACGACAUGCUAGUCCUUCCCUGUCUUUGCCUGGAUUGAAUUAGACGGGGUACGUAGCUGCUUUGUUGGGUAGGGGAGUAAGAGCGAUCUAUUUAGGAGACAGUCUAACGAAUGUGACAAAGAAUGUUCUUUGAUUGAAUUCAGGCAAAUGAUGGCAACUGAUGAACAAAAAAAAGACCAAUAGCGAUCAAAAAAUUUUCAACGAAUAUGUGCAAUUUACUUCAAAACUUUGACCCCCACAUCAUCUCUCCCGUUAUCUUGCUUUGGAGAGGAUGCAGUCACUAUUUUUUUUUUUUUUUUUUUACACUCGGGGCAUUUUGAAAAUCAGUGACUUUUUUUAAUAUCAAAGAAAAUGAAAUGAAAAACAGUGUUCUCUUAUAUACAUCUAUCAAAAUAUAACUAUAUAUUCAAUAUUUAAGGUGGUAAUAAUAGCCGAAUAUGUAAGCAUUUUCUAAAAACCUUGACUACUGUUUCCUGACGUGCUUUAUUGAGGCGGUAAAGGCAGUUUCUCUACCCCUGUGCAAGUUUGUUAGCGCUGACCUAAUGUGACAAAGUAAGUGAGCUCAUUAAUCCGGGAACAAAAAUUUGCCUGAUAGCCAUAAGAAUCAUACCCCGCCCCCCCCCGGCCCCCAA